AUGGGGGAAGCAAAAAUACUAGUUGAGGUGGAGUUAGAUAAACCAUUCCCGAAGCUCAUUGCACUUGAUGACAAGCAAGGUAAUAUCUAUUUCGUAGAAGUUGAAUACUCUUGGAUUCCUAGUGCUUGUGAAAGGUGUGGAGCACUUGGACACAAGGAGAAGAGGUGCUUAUUACCGCCUCAGUCACAAGAUUAUGCUCCUAUUACAAAAGAGCAUCAUGUCACAAAUGAAGAGAUCCCGAUGGUGGACAUUGUUAAGUUGUUGCAAAAUUCCUCCGCAGAUCAUCCGGAGCCAAAUUCACGCUCACCCAUUGCCCAGCAAACACAUGAGACUUUCAAAAAGCCAUUGGUCACUCUUCCUCCUAAGGAUGCAUUUGCUAGUCCGGUUACACAUUCGCAUGAGGUACACUCGGACCCUUGCUCACAGAUUAAUCACACUUUACCCUUGUUAGCAGUAGAGAAAGCUGCGCCAGUUCAGUCACAUAUUAUGGAAAGCAUUCCAUCACAUUCUAUCAUUUUGGAAGACUCUGAGACUUCUAAAAUUGAGCAACCAUUUGAUCUUCGUUCUCCUGUCACUCUUGAUCAUCACAACUUCCAUACGGAGGAUACUCCGCCUGUAUAUGGGAAAGGUAAUGGUUUUGAUGUGGUUGGAGAUUCUUCUAGUUACACCGUAACUAGAGGUGGAAGGACUAUAAAACCAACACAAAAGGUUCAAGAUAUGGGGUGGACAAGGGCUAGUGGAAGAGGUAAAAAAGGUCAUCGUGGCCGAGGAAACCAAAAUCACUAG